AUGACCCGACGCGCAAGUACUUGCACUCUUGCCUCCUGGCUCUCCGUCACUUCUGCUCUACGCCGUUUCGUGGUAUCGCCUGGUCGACACCGGCCCCCUAGUACGGAUGAGACAGGAGAGAGACAAGCUUCACCUCGGUCGAUCGAGGAAAAGCUGAUGACAGAUCGGAAACAGUUCAUGGUCGACGGGCAGGCUGUCAUCCUCGAAGUACUCGAUACGGCCGGCAUUGACCAGUAUCUCGCCCUGCACGACCUGUUCAUGCGCGAGAGUGAUGGCUUCAUUCUGGUGUUCUCGCUCAUGUCGAAGGAGAGUUUCGACGACGUGGUGCGCACGCGCGACCAGAUCCUGCGCCUGAAACAAGAAGACCUCGUUCCCAUGGUCAUCGUAGGCAACAAGUGCGACCUGACAGCCGACCGCGUCCUGCCCCCACAGCUCGGCGAACAGCUCGCCGCGCGGGCAGGAGGCGUGUACCUCGAGACGAGUGCGAGGAACAAUGUGAAUGUCAUGCGCGUGUUUCACGAGGUCGUGCGGCAGAUGAGGCUCCAUCCCACGCGGGAUAUGAAGGAGCGCGAGGCGAGGCGGAAGAAGGAGAAGAAGUGUGUUAUCCUGUAG